AUGGAUCACACAAAUUACAAUAAAGACCCUACACUUGGUUUAAUUACCAAAGUAUCUACUCCAGCUGCCAUAGUUGAAUUUGACAUAUUUCCACAAGGUGGUUUCACUAGUUUGUCUGCUCUACCAACCGCACCUAAUCCCAGAGCCCAACCUCCACCUUUUGCACUUGCUCAACCUCACUUCAGGCCCGAACUCCCCAUCAAGCGCGCGGUCUCCCUUUCCAGGCUUGCAUCUCACUCCAGAACCAUGCCUCCUUUUAGGCCCAAGCAUCAUUUUCGGUCCCAGCCCCACACCAUGCCCCAAUCGUCUUCCAGUCUCUCACCUUUCUCCUGUCCAGCUAGCUACCUCCGUCUAGAGUGCAAACCCAUCUUCAUCAACACUUGCACAUGCCCUUCUUCCACCCUUUGCGGCAUCCCAACCAUCUCAUCCAAUGACUACAAGACUUCGUGCUGGAAUUCUCUAACCCAAAACUCAAACCGACGGAACUGUUCGCAUCUUGAAUGGCGUUCCGCCAUGACUGAUGAAAUCAAUGCUCCUCUUAAAGAUAAAACAUGGUCUUUGGUUCCUCCCUCUCCCUUACACACUCUAGUUGGUUGUAAAUGGGUAUUCCGCAUCGAGGGCCACUCUGAUGGUCUUCUAGAGCGUUACAAGUCUCGUUUGGUGGCCAAGGGUUUUAACCAACAACCAGAAAUCAACAUGGGUGAUUCAGAAUCUUUGCAUUCCGCUGAUGAGCUGAAACGCCAGAAGAAAAUCAAAAUGGCCAUAUAUAUUACUAUUUUCGUGGUGUUUCAGAUCAUAGUUAUCACCACAAUGAGUCUCACUGUGAUGAAAGUUAAGACCCCCAGGUUCAGGCUAGGCAACAUCAACGUCCAGAGCUUCGAAUCUGUCCCGGCAACGCCUUCAUUCGACACGAAAUUCACAACCCAAAUCAAGAUCAAGAACUCAGCCAACUGGGGUUCCUACAAGUUCAAUGCUGCCAAUGUCACAUUUCAAUACCAAGGAGCGACUGUGGGAGUAAUUAAUAUCGCAAAGGGCAAGGCUGGAUGGCUUUCGACCAUAAAAAGAAAUGUGGAGGUGACUUUGAGUUCAAGUGGAUUAACUGGUUCAAAUCUGGGCAGCGAAUUGAGCAGUGGGGUGUUGACGCUCAACAGCGUAGGCAGAUUGAAUGGAAAAGUAGCAAUUAUGUUCAUAAUGAAGAAGAAGAAGGCUAGCAACAUGAACUGCACCAUAGCUUUUGAUGUGGCAGCCAAGACUCUCAAAUCUUUACAGUGCAAAUGA